GUCAGGCGCUCCUUCUCCCACCUGUCGCAUCGAGCUCCAAACCGCCUCUCUCUCUCCUAUAAAUACUCCUCAAACCCAUCUCAUUUCUUCACUUCUCUCAUUCGUUUCUCUUGAUUUGCCCGGUCUAUUUUCUCUCUCUAGCUUCUCACCAAGUAAGUGCUCCAGUCCUCCUAGUCUUUUAUUUUUCAUCUUCCCUUUUUUAACCGGCAACAUAAUGUCUUCUGAUAGUCAAAACAUAUCCGGUCAAUCUUAUGGGUCAGGCUCUCAGCCCUCUUCUUCUUCUCACUUUGAGUCUUCUUCUCCUCCUGUCACUCCUUUAAUUCGCCGCCCCUCUCACCAACCUAGCUCCCAGGCCCAGGAGAUAGUUGCCCAGGAGCCUGUUCCUUUGAACCAACUGCACGGUCGGUUCAAUCCCAAGGUCCUCAGCUGGGACCAGUGGGAAGAACGAUUGGGAUCAAUGGGCUACCUAGCCCUUGACUCAGGACCUGUCUUCAAAGAGUCCUCUAGGGUUACAAAAAAGGUCCUGGCCGAGGUACGCUCCGUCCUUCCACCGGGCUAUAAAGUCAUUUCUAACACCACCUGGCCCAACAUCAUAGAACCCCACCAAGGAAACCGGUUGGGUUUUCACGUUGCUUCGCUAGAGGGGGGCAUUAUCUUUCCCCUUCGCCCCCUCCUCGUAGAAAUCUGUGACAAGUUCAAGAUUUUGCCCGGCCAGCUUACUCCAAAUGCUCACCGGUUCUUGAAUUGUUUUGUAAAUAUUUGUGAAUCUCUAAAAAUCACCCCUUCUUUGGACCUCUUCCUUCAUAUGUAUGAUGUCUUGCCCGGGACUAUUAACUGCCCGGGCUUUGUUUACUUCCAUUCCCGUGCCAAUUCUAGGGGUUUUUUGACCGGUCUUCCCCCUAGCCACAAGAAAUGGAAGCAAAGAUUUGUUUUCGUUGAGUUCCCCCCUGACCAAUUUCCACUCUCCAACCGUGAGUGGGCUGAUCGGGUAAUAAAACCUGAAAGGGUCCACCCAGAGCCUACCCCUGAGCUUGAGGAUGCCUGCGAGAAACUUCUCAAGGGUGAUCCUGUGACCGGUAAGCCAUACGCCUACGGUGGAUGGGUAUACCGGUUACCUAACCCAGAUGGGGGUGAAUCUGCGACCCAUGACGCAGAAGAUGACCGGGCAAACUCCCUGGAUGGUCAUGCUGAGGCCAGUUCUCCUCGUCCAGGCAUCAUUCUGAGGUUGACCGGGCUAAUCCCCCCAAAGUCCCGGUCUAAUCAGGUCGGGGUCAUUUCAGAGGAGAUUGGCCAAACAUUAAAGGAGAAGGACCAAGUCUCCCAACUCACCCUCCUCCUUGAUUCUGCUAAGUUAGAGAUCAAUGACCGGGCAGAAAGGGAGAGGAGACUUGAGGAAGAGUUGAAGGAAGAAAGGGCCCGGUUUGCCCUUUUGGAGGAGGAAAGGAAGAGAAAGGUUGCCGAGCUCGAGGAUGCGCUGGGCCAGGCUGAAGAAUCUGCCCGGGCAAAGGAGGAAGCCUUUCCCACUGAAGCUGCUCACUGGGCUGCAUGCCAUCACUUGGAAAUUGCCCGGUCAAUUCUCACUACACCGGAAGAAACCAUGGACUUUUUCAAGACCAUGUAUCAAGAGCCGGAAGGCAAGAGGAUGAUCACCGAGAUUGGCUCGUACGGCUUCCAGUGCGGCCAGAAGGAUGAGAGGUCCCUCCUUUAUGCCAGGCUUCUGAAGAGGGACCCUUCCUUUGACCCGACCAAGAUGAAACUCCCAGCUCUAUACAAGGAAGAGCCAGCUCCCCCCUUUCCCCGAGAGUAGGUGCCGGGUCAAAAAUAUGACCGGUCAAAAUUAAACUUUUCCAGAUUGG